AUGACAGCUCAGUUUCAUGUCGACACAACAGCGCAUGCGUCAUCCAAGGUCCUCCCAUGUGAGCACGCGCCAUCAAGCCCUGAUCGAUCGUAUGCUGAGCUACCUGCAACACCACCAUCCCCACCUCAUACAACCAUCCAGGCUGAAUUCUGGCAUCUACGGCAAUGCACCUUAUUGAAUUGGGUCAACAGCUUGCUUGGCUGCACUCCUCCUCUCUCUUCUUUCAUAUCACUACUCGAAGGCGAUAGACUGUGCACAUUGAUCUCUCGUGUUUCUGGACAACAACAACAACAACAAGAAGAGAAUGGGCAGCAAGGGUUCUCGGGGGUCGUUAGCAUGUUGCAUGCAUGGUUGGGACGUACACACGUCGAACUUGCUGUAUCUACCGAAGCUGUUGAACGUGGCGACCAAGAUCAGCUCAUCAGCCUUGUGUCACUCAUCCUCACUCAGCAUCAAAUACAAUCCAUGAAUGCUUUACAAGAUACCAUGUCAGCACUCGUUGGUUCACAUGUGGAUCCAUUACCCAUAGCAUCAACAGACGACGUUCAACGUGUGGUGUUAUCGUAUAUCCAGGCAAUCUUAGCCGAUUAUGCAACAUGGUGUCCUUCAAUAUCCAAUUUCAGCGGCAGCGGAUGGAAAUCAGGUGUCGUCUUUAUGGCCUUAUUGCAUUGGCAUCAACCUGCAAGUGUAAGGGAUUUGGUUGACUACAAGAAUCCAGAUCAAUCGCGAUGGAGUGUUAUCUUGGAUACAGCCUUUCAACGUGCUCAUAAUGCCUUUGGUAUCCCUAUUCUUUUGGACGCUGCAUCAUUGGCAGAUGCAUCUCAAGUCGAUCAUGAAUCUGUGUUGGCAUAUUUGGUGGAAUUCAUUGCCAAGGCUGUACCUGCUGUAUCUCAUCAAAAGGACUCGAUUAUGAAUCAACGACAAAAUGACAUUGAAGAAUGGAUAUCACAUAUGGAUCAUGAUACGACAGCCACUCCACAUUGUGCAACACCAGAACCUAGUGAUCAAGACGAUGAAAAGCAGGAUCAUCACAAUGACAACAACAACAAUACAUCGACGACAGGAUCAUUCACCAUCACAUCCACCUAUACACAAGUACGCUUAACCAAAUCCACCAAAUCUGCCACACCAGAUGAAGAGUUUGAAGCACGUGUUUCUUCUCUUUUGGAUAAGAUUGCUCAACUUCAACAUCGUCUUGCUUCUUUGGUGCCUACACGUUCCUCAGCAGCCGGCUAUGCUAUGCAUAACAACAGCCCAGCUACACCUGAUACACAAGUAUCAUUGGAUGAAAACAGCACUAUUGGCAGCAGCAGUACCAAUGAUACUAGUGAACGACGUCGAUUACAUCCACUCGAUGCGGGUCCAGAAGACCUUGAAGCGUAUCAACAACACUUUGCUGCGUUCCAGGCAACAUUACAAGCCUUUGAACAAGACGACAUGGACCCUUUUCGAAAAGCAUGUCAAGAGUUUGAUGACAAACCAGCCAAUGCGAAUUUGGUGGAGGAUAGCUAUUCGUCUUUGAUGACCAAUGUGGAUAAUACCAGCCAUAUGCUCGAUGCUUUUCGACGAGGAUUUGAGUUUACACAGCGAUGUAAACUCGUGCGAAGUGAAUUGGAUGCUGUACAAGCAUUGAUGGUGCGUAUGACGGCAUCUUCUACCGAUGAGAAUGUCCAAGAUAUGGAACGUCGAGUGGAAAAGGCAGCUGCUAUGAUACGCGUGAUCCCCGAAGCAUUUCAAGAUUUGAUUACAACGGAUGGAACAAAUCAAGAUUCACCAUAUCAGAAACAUUAUGACGCACUUGUUGAACGAAGUGGGCUUGUGCGAUCGUGGGUGGCUGAAGUGCGAGUAUGGUUUGCAGAAGCUGGACGUAUUAGACGAUGGAUUUCGAUUCGUAUGAACCGGCUUGAUGAAACAACAGUGCCAGAGCCAUUGAAGGAUGAACAACUUGCAACACCACGUGAGACAAUCGAAGCAUUAAACAAGGCACAUGCAAGCUUGGAAGCCGAGAUUGAAGGGUUCAACAAGGAGGAUAUGGCACGAUUAAGAGCUCAUGUCAAAGCGCGUACAGGAGCAAGCCUUAGCAGCAAAGAUCUCAGCCCAGCGGAUACGACUACCAUCGAGAUUACAUUGACCACGCUUGCUGCUCUUGAUCGUCUAUUGGGUACUUUACGAGCCAAAGGAGAUGCAUUGCAAAUCUUGACCCAGCGUAUGGUGUGGGAAGAUCACGUGGCUGAAUGCAAUACUUGGAUCACUGAUACGGAUAAUGAGGUGGCUGAAUUCAUUCGAGACACGGCACGAUGGCAGCCCACAGAAGAUGAUCAAGAUGAAGAUGAAUGUGUGGAUGAAAACAAAGAUGAUGAAGGCCAUUGGCGUCGUGAACAAUUGCUUGCCAAGGAGCGACUCAAAGAAUUAGUUAUCCAACGCCUAUUGAUGCUUGAGAAUUCACGCACUGAAUUUGAUCAAGGCCAAUUUACCUUGGCAGUGGAUGCGUUUCAAGAUUUGGAGGAUUUGACAGCUGUCCCAGCUCAUUUGGAGAAACGACAAACGGCAUGUGAAGAACGUGCAGAGACGCUUGGUGAACGUAUUGCUUAUGCAAGACAAGUGGUUGAACAACGUCUUACGGUGAUGGAUUUUGUGCAGCAAGCGGGUCGUGUGACUCAAGAGGGUCGACAAUUGCUGACAGCAUUAGCUGAGGCACAAACCACAGCACAUCCAGAUGACAGCGAUUAUGAUGAUCAUGAUAUGACAGCACGUGUGCAAACGAUGCAAGAACGCAUUGUACAACUUGUCACUGCAGCAGCAGCACGUAUCCCUUAUCCUGAAUCACAAGAUGAUGAAGAGAGCCCUGAAGCCAAUGCCGCCAUACGAGAAGCCAUCAGUGCCAAGAGAACAGCUUUGAUCUUGCUAGGAGACGAAUUGGAUCAGGCAUUAGCUGCAUUACGUACUGUGUUACAAAUGCAUCGACGUGGACGGCAACUUUUGAAUGAUGCAUCUCGAUUAAGCACAUGGGCUGAGGAUCGAUUACGACAUUUGCAGAAUAGUGUGACAACCGAAUCGAUUGGAAUGGAUGGAUUAUGUCGACUUGAACGUGAACGUGAUAAUCUGCAACACAAGCUACGUGACAAGGAGAAUGAUACGGUUGAUGUGCUCACAAGCAUCCAUUCAUUAUUGGACACUACGCCAGCACCUGGUGACCGUGAUCGAUUGGAUGAAGCAGCACAGCACCUUACUUGCACCUUUGAUGAUUUGCGUGAUACCCUGGAUGCUCAUAGUCGUCGCUUGGAUGCAUUGCGUAGGAAAUUGGAGGAUGAUACUACCUACUCGGAACAGUUGGCACAAUUGGCUGCAUUUGUGGCUCGCACACGUGCUGCAUUACCAGGUCUCAAACAAACGCACGGCUUUAUCACUGGACAAUCUGAAGAUCAGGAUAGACAACGACAUGAAGCACUCGAUGCUGCUUAUGCUGAUAUGGAGACUAUCUUUAAAGAGAAUGGUGCACAAUUCAACCGGUUACGCCAACAUCAGGAUGCAACACAACAGCCUGAAUCAGUGAAAAAGACACUUGCAACUUUGGACAAGGAAUGGGGACAACUUGCUGAUGAAUUACAACAUUUUCAACGAUUCACUGAAGCUGUGGGUGGAUGGUGUGGACGACAACGACGAUUGAGCAUGGCUGAAAAAGAAUUGUUGAAUGGAUUACACGAGAGCGUAUCACAACUUGCACGCACAGGAUGGAAUGAAGAUGAUCUUUUGGCGAUCGAGCGUCGAAUUGAUGAAGCAUUACGUGUCUUGGAUGGUGUUGGAAAUGAGAUUGCAGCCGUAUCUGGUAGUCGAGAUGAUCCUUUGGAGAUGGCCAAUUAUGCAUGUGCACGUGAUCGUCAUUCCUUGUUGACAAGCAAGGCUCAUGCUAUUCGAACAAGUGUGGAUGCUCUUCGAAAGAAUGCUGAUCAUGCAGUGGCAUUAUCCGAAUUUUUGGGUCAAGCAGAUGCAUUGGUGGCGGACGUACAAGCACACAUGGAUAUGAUGCGACGACGUAUGUCACUUGCUGGUCAUGGAGAUUUUGCGUCAUUAUCACCUCAAGCUAUUGAACAACAAUAUCUUGCUAUUCAGCGUGACACUGCAGCAUCAGAAAACAGAGCACAACAACUUCGUCAGCAAUUACAACAACUACAACGGGGAGCAGCUGCUGCUGGAGACAAUGAUAGCGUACGUGAAGCUCUCAAACGCGCUGAAACAGCUGUUGGCAAAUUGCUUGAGACCGUGGCACUUGAAAAGCGGCAAGCGGCAUUUGUACGCAAGACUCAGAUUCAUGCAAAAGCUGCUGGUGACUUGAAAAGCUGGAUGGAUCGUUGUAAUGAUGCCGUGCGCCAAUUGACAGGGGAUGUUUGCAUCAAGGAUGAAUCAGAACUACGAGCCGAGAUUGAAGCAAUUGAACACAAGAUGGUGGAGAUGCAACCUGUUGUACGAGCGUUCCAAGCUAUGCCCUCUCGUAUCUUUGCUGGUCGUGAUGGACAACCAAUUGAUUUGAGUGAUAUGCAUAUCGAUGGGCGUACAGUAAGAUCGGCUAUUCUAACACGUGAAAACAACAUCUUGGAUGAAUGGCGCCAAUUGGGAGAGCAAUUGAAUGUUGCCAAGCAACGUGUGAAGAGUGCAGCACGACAUGGUGAAACAGCACGCAAAGUGAAGGAGAUUUUAUCUCUCGCUGGUCGUCUCAGGGAACGUACUGGAGCUAUUCGUAUCAUCAACAGGAGCAGCGUACCCAACAAUGACGAUGAUCAUGACAAUGAGCUAUCGGCUGUGACAACAUGUCCACUUUCGUUGUUACCCACCGAACAUGAAUUAUUAGGCGCUCGUGCUGAACUGGAUGCUAUUGAACGUGAUAUCGAACACCAUUUGAAUGCUCGCCUUGCUGAAUUGGAUGCUAUGCUUAACAGCAACGCUGAAAGUGAAGAUAUCUUUGCUGGUCAACGAACCGAGAUUGCUGCUGCUUUGCGUGGUCUUACUGAUAUGGUGCGUGAUAAGCGAGCAGCUGCAAGUGCUGCAGCACGUCUUGAACCGUUUUUGGUUGUUGUUGAGGAACUUGAAGUAUUGCUAUCGGCCAUUGGUGAAGUGGUGGAUCGUGCAUCACCAUCCUAUGCACGUACAACUGAGGAUGGGAAACCAAGCCGAGCUGAUAUACAAGGAAUGCUUAUUGAUCUUGAUACGAGAUAUCGUUACUAUGAACCCAAGAUUGAUGAAUUGUUAGCUGAAGCUCGUCGAGAAGCAACACCAUUAGCAGCUGAUGAUCAUCGUGUUUCUCAAUGUGUGGGUGAUCUUGCGGAUCGAUGGGCACAACUUCAAGCCCUUGCUGCUGCUCGUCGAUCGGAUCUUGUUGCUCGAGUUGGACCAUUAGGCUUGGCAGAUUUUACUACACCACCACGUCGUACAGCUUCUCUUGCCAAACGUCAAUCCAUGCCAGCAUUCCCAAAACCAUCACAAUCAACACCUCGUCCUACUGGUGCACGUGCUCUACGUGCUCGUCCACAAUCUGCAAUGUCCUCUCAUCGUCCACGACCAGCAUCAGUACGUGUACCAAUGUCACGACGCACAGCUGCUACAGCUGCAGUACGUACAACACCCACAUCGGCAACAGCACGACCACCCUCACGUGGAUCAACCAAUACGCCUGAAACUUAUGUUCCUGAUCCAGCCAAUGAUCUCGAUAUGGCAGUGGGUAAUAUCGUUAAUGAUUCACCCUACAAGAUUCGAGUCAAGAUGGUGCCUGGUGAAGUGGGUCGUUAUUGGUUUGGUACUCGAAGACCCAAGUUGGCCUAUUGUCGCAUUCUUCGCAGUCGAAUGGUGAUGGUGCGUGUUGGUGGUGGAUGGGUCGAAUUAUCCCAAUUCUUGCGUGAUCAAAAGCUACUUGAAGAAAGUGAUCUUGUUCCUCAUCGUGCAUCACCACAGCAACAAAAUGCACGUAUCCGUGAAGGUGUUGUUACUAUUCGUGGUGGAGGUACUACAGGCAAUAAACGCAAUAGUUUUGGACCAACGCCACCAUCACCCGGAAGUGAUACCCGCUCAACACCACACCCACGAGGAUUAUCACCAACGACAUUUGGCCAUGGCGUAAAAGAAGGCAACAAGUUUUUGAUUCCCGUUGAUGGACAAGGCAACCAAGUCGAGGUGCGCAUGACCAAAGCCAAGUACAAGAACUCUGGUUUCAUCACUCCAUGGCGUUAA